CUCCCACGAGCACAUGUAAAUCAACCAGGCAGCCCAUCAUUCAUGUGGUAGUCUUCUUUCGAUAUCAUAUCCAUUUUGGAAACUUAAUGUGCUUGAUAAACAUAUGCCUUUCAGCUGGUGGAAAGAAAUUUAAAUUGAAUCUAGGCAGCUUAAUACCAGAAUGUUGAAAAUCUGUUUUAUUGCUACACCAAGGAUAAAUGAAUGCAUGGAUGCAGCUAAUGAGUUUCAGCACUUUUCAAAAUGAAAGGCCUGCCCACCCUGAAAGCCAGAACUGAGAGCGAAUGGGGAUUGAAUUGCUUUGCCUCUUCUUUUUAUUUCUGCAAAGAAAUAACCAUGUACAAGGAAAUUGUAAUUCAGGGAGUGCAGUGAACUGUGAAGACUGUUUGCUUUCUGGACCACGCUGUGCCUGGUGUUUUCAAGCGAAUUUUACAGACGUAUCUGAAAUCCAUAUAAGAUGUGACAUUCCUGAAAGACUUAUGUCAAAAGGAUGCCAGUUGAAUUUCAUUGAGUUUCCUGUUUCUAAAGUAAUAAUUCACAAAAAUAAGCCCCUUAGUGAAGGAGCCCAAGAAAAUAAUUCAGAUGUUACUCAGAUUUCUCCUCAAAAAUUAAAGGUUCUACUGCGACCAGGACAUGAAGAAACAAUACAGAUCAAUGUUCGCCAAACUGAAGAUUAUCCAGUUGACCUCUACUACCUCAUGGAUCUUUCAGCUUCAAUGGUUGAUGAUCUGAACACAAUAAAGGAAUUAGGUUCUACGCUUUCGAAAGAAAUGUCUAAACUCACGAGUAACUUUCAGCUGGGGUUUGGGACUUUUGUAGAAAAACCAGUUUCACCAUUCAUCAAAACUGUGCCAGAGGAAAUAGAGAAUCCUUGCAGAGGUUUCACAGAUGAUUGCUCACCCACAUUUGGAUACAGGCAUAUUCUGUCAUUGACAAAUGACUCGGAAAGAUUUAAUGGAAUGGUGAAAAAGCAGAAAAUUAGUGCUAAUAUAGACACUCCAGAGGCAGGUUUUGACGCAAUUAUGCAGGCCGUCGUUUGUAAGGAAAAAAUUGGCUGGAGAAACAUUUCGUUGCAUCUGUUGGUGUUUGUGACUGAUGCUGAUUCCCAUAUUGGGAUGGAUAGUAAACUAUCAGGAAUUGUUAUUCCCAAUGACGGAGAAUGCCACUUGGAUCACAAUAAUGAAUACUCCAUGUCAACCAUUUUGGAAUACCCAACAGUUGGACAAUUAAUAGACAAGAUCGGUCAAAACAAUAUUUUAGUAAUUUUUGCAGUAACAGAGAAGCAGAUUCAUUUGUAUGAGAACUAUGCUGCUCUUAUUCCUGGGGCUACUGUUGGACUACUUCAGCAAGAUUCUGGAAAUGUCCUCCAGCUAAUUAUUGAUGCUUAUAAGGCAAUCCGAUCUGAAAUCGAGCUGGAAACGUUGGGAGAUACAGAUGGAUUAAAUCUUGCUUUCACUGCAGUCUGUACCAAUGGCACUGUGUUUCCACACCAAAAGAAAUGUUCCCACGUCAAAGUGGGAGAAACAGUGACUUUCAAUGUGACAUUAAGUCUCCCUGCUUGUGAGAAAAGUAGAAAGAACAUCAUAAUCAGGCCUCUGGGUCUGAGUGAAACUUUGGAAAUUGAAAUACAGCCACAGUGCGACUGUAAUUGUCAGAAGGAAGCCGAGAUGAACAGUUCCAUGUGCAAUGGGAGUGGUUCCCUGGAGUGUGGAGUAUGUGCUUGCCACCCUGGUCACAUGGGUCCUCAAUGCAAAUGUAGUGAAAUCGACUCACUGAGCUCAGAUUCCUGUAGAAGUUCUCCUGAGCAGAGCUCUUGUAGUGGCAGAGGUGACUGCUAUUGUGGAGAGUGCAUUUGCCAUCUAUCAGCAUACGGACGUAUUUAUGGGCCAUACUGUGAAUGUGACAACUUCUCUUGUGUGAGAUUUAGAGGAUUGAUUUGUGGAGGCAAUGGAGACUGUGACUGCAGUGAAUGUAUCUGCCACAGUGGCUGGACGGGUGAAUACUGCAACUGUACUACUGACACUGAAGCAUGUAUUGCUGACGAUGGCACACUUUGCAAUGGGAGAGGCGAAUGCAUUUGUGGAAAAUGCGUUUGCUCAAAUCCGGGAGUUGCAGGCAGCACAUGUGAAAAAUAUACUACCUAUGUUGAUCCAUGUAGUUCCAAAAGGAACUGCAUAGAAUGUUAUUUAGCUACUAACGAUCAGUCACAGGAAGAAUGCAUUGAAAAAUGUAAACUGGUUCAUGUGAUCAUCAGUAGCAAAGAAGAAAGCGUGAAAGAUAAAUCUGUCCAGUGUUUGUUACAAGGGGAGAAUGAAUGUGUUAUCACAUUUGUAAUGGAAGAUGACGAACAAGGAAAAACAACCAUUCACAGCAUAACACAGAAAGACUGUCCACAACCUCCAAACAUUCCAAUGAUUAUGUUGGGUGUUUCUAUUGCAAUCUUCCUCAUUGGGGUUGUCUUGCUUUGUAUAUGGAAAUUAUACAUUUUGUUUCAAGAUCGCAAGGAAGUUGCUAAGUUUGAAGCAGAGAGAUCAAAGGCCAGAUGGCAAACGGGAACAAACCCAUUGUACAGAGGCUCGACAACAACAUUUAAAAAUGUAACAUACAGGCACAAAGAAAAGAGAAUCGGAUCUGCCACAGAUCUUUACUAGCAGCCACAGCAAUUCAGCCCUGAAUUAGCAGCUAAGGGUGGAAAAUUAGUUUCAGAAAUACUGACAUGUUAAAUUGAAUGUUUUAAAAGUAGAUUGGUUAUCAUACUGUGAGUGGUGCUAUAGUUCAGGCUGAGAAAAUACAUGAUUGGAAGGCUCUUGGAGCUGAGACCUUAUCUGAGGUGGGGAGUCCAUUUUCAGGAGGUGGUUCAGAAAAAAAUUGAAGAUCAGAGUUUGACACUACAAGGAGAAACCUGGAAAACAUCCUUCCCCCUCCUCUCAAAUGCUGCAAUCUAGUUACUUCCUUUCUGGUUUGCAGUGAAGCAUAACUCGAGAGUGUGCUAUUGUAGUGAGUGCAUCAGACUAGAAUCAGGCAGGCUUGAGUUCAGAUCCUCGCUCUGCCAUGGAAGCUUGCUGGGUAACCUUGGGCCAGUCACACACUGUCAGUCUAACCUACCUCACAGGAUGGUUGUUACAAAAUGGAGGAUAGAACAAUAUAAGCCGGUUUGAGAGGGGGAGAUCCAAGAUGGCAGUCGGGACAAAGGUCUUUUAACCGACUCUCUGCUAUUAUUACUAUUUCUCUCAUUUCAGCCGGUUUGAGUCCCUAUUAGGAACAAAGGCAUGGUAUACGGCUCUGGUCCCAGCCUGGUGGAACGCUCUUCCUCCAGCUGUUGAGUUCCGCAGGGCUUGUAAGAUGGAGCUGUUCCGCUGGGCCUUUGGAGGAACCGGCUGCUGAUGGUGCCCCUCCUCCUUUGGCCCUUGACAUCUGGGCCAUUUGUCAUCUAACGAGACUCGCCAUGCCUCCCUUUUGGGGGGGGGAGGGAAUUUUAAAAUUGGAAUGCUGGACGCCACUCAUAUCUCUAUUUUACUGAGAUUCAUUGUACAAUUCUUGGAAUUAAUUUUUAGUUUUUUAUCGCUGCUUUUAAAUGUUUAACUAUUUUAUAUUGUUACCCCUACAUGCUAUACACCACCCAGAGCCCUUCGGGGAUGGAACGGUAUAAAAGCCUAAUAAAAUAAAUAAAUAAAAUAAAUAAAUUAAGUUAAAAAAUUAAAUCCAAAAUUGCAAACAACACAUUGUCCUUGCUCUGAAAAUGUACAUAUUGGGCAAUAGUUCACUAUGGCAGAUAUGCUUAUGUCAUUUGGAAGCUUCAAAACAAGCAUGUUAAGUAAAAGCUGUGUACAUCACAGUAGUAGAUAAAUUAAACAGGAUGUAGCCGCCAGGAUGAAUCGAGGCCUUGAUAACCGCAAGGUUGGCACUUUUUAUUGGCAGGAUUCCUAUGACUUUUAAAACCAUAUAACAUUACUGAAUCUCCAAAGCCAGGAAAUAGUGUAUUAUUGAAUGGUUGCGUUUUAUGAAUGAUCAAUGCCUGCUAAAGAAUGCGGGGGGAAACACUAAAAGCAACCAGUUUCAACAAAGGCAAGUGUCAUUGGUUUUGGAUACCAUGGAAGAUUUCCAUGUGUGUAACAGUCCUGCUAGAAACACUAAAAUGACUCUUAUUUCUCUGCUUGCAGCAAGUGAAAAGAAUUGUAUUCUCACUAUCUUUGCUCUAUACACAAAACACAGCAUGAGAAAUUUGUUCAGAUAAAAUUUGAAAACCAAAUUGAAAUCUUGACACCUAUGUACAUUCCAUUGCUCUAUACCCACCUUAUGUGUGUGUGUGUGGGGUGGAGGCUUGUUAGAAAUUAUGUUUAAGCACUACAUGUCCCUGAAAGAAAUGUGCCAUUGCUUGUGCAGAUGGAAGUGUGCUAGGUACAUUUCCUUUCCACUGAUAUAUCACUGGAUCUAUCCUGAUGAGUCACUCAGGUAUCCACCGUUACUUUCACUAUCCAUUACUUUCACUAAAAUCCCAGGCGCAAGCUUUCAAUGGCACUUUAUACUACAUCGGCCAGAGAGGAGGGCCACCUACUUCUUUUCAGCUAAAAAAGAAACACAUAUCUUUCAGUCAGAUUCUAAUAUUUCAUGCUAUGGGCAAACUUUCACUGUAAUGUUACUCAAACAAUGAAUGUAUGUGUUGAAGACACUGGAAAUAUUUUGGGGUUAUUUUUAUUGAAAUAAUGUUUGACCUAAGGCUGGACCUUAAAUGGGGGGCAAAACAGUUUAGUACAUGUACUGCUACUUACUGGAAUCUUGGGCAUUGUUCUGGAGCACAACAGGAGUUCAUGUAUGUGUGAAUGGCCUAUAUUAAAUUGAAAUAAACACUGUUGUAAAGUAA